AUGACAAAUCUAGUAGUUAAAGACUUCCUUGUCUUGCUCCAUCUUUUUAUCCUUACGCUUGGCAUACAACACUGUGCAUCAUCAACAACAAAAAAAAUUAAAGGAGGGGACGGCGAGCUAACGGCACCGACAGCACAACCGAAAGCAGAUAUAAAAAUUUUCUUUCAUACGAAGAGUGGUGGAGAUGUCACAAAAUAUUGA